UCGCAGAGAGUUGGACACGACUGAGUGACUGAACUGAACUGAACCCUCCUCACAUCCAGAGUGUAGAGGUGAAGACUGGAGUUCAGGAUACCUGCCACAAGUUCCUGCUUUGCUUUUCCCAGGCACCUUCUACACCCAUGAGAAGUUAGUGACCUCUGCCCCCACUGCCUUGGGAGUAACAGAAGCCUGCUGUCCUGCUCAAUAGCUCCUGCUCAGGACCUGGGAUGAGGAUGGCCCUUCUGGCUCGUUGGGCCCCCUGGCUUCUGGGAUCUGAAAUAAUGAAUUUUGUGAUUUCAUGUUCUUGGUGGGGAUGUACAGAAACUUAUUUAGUUGCUAAGUUGUGUCCUACUCUGCGACCCCAUGGACUGUAGCCUGUCAGGUUCUUCUGUCCACGGGAUUUUCUGGGCAAGAAUACUGGAGUGGGUAGCCAUUUCCUUCUCCAAGGGACCCUCCAGGCGAUCUUCCUGACCCAGAGAUUGAACCCGUAUCUCUUGCGUCUCCUGCAUUGGCAGGGAAGCCCAACUGCCUUCAAUCAAAAGGACUCCAUGGGUUUCAGCCCCCCAGAGUGGGAGCUGGAUGCUGAAGGUGCUGCCUGCCGCCCCCCCCUCACUCAGCAGGUCACAAUCUGGACAAUCUUAAGUCAGUAAGCCAGCUCCAGCCUUGGCCUCUCAAAGCACAAGGGCCCCCACGUCCCCAGUAACCUCAAUUCUCCCCUACGUUGAUUCCGUGUUUCCUCCAAACCCUGUCCCAGGCCCGUUCUCCAUACAAGGACUUAAUGGAUAUCACCUAAGUGGGCACACAUCUGAUUGUGGGGUCUGAGGCUUACACAGUUUUGAGUAUGCUUGAUAAGAAAACUUCUAAAAAAGUGAAUAAAAUUAGAUAUGAAAGAAUAUUUAGAAUGGAAAAGAUAUCAGCAAAUUAUAUUGGAGCCUUGGCGAUUCCUGUCCCUCUUGACUGAGAUCUCUUUGGGAAGUUUCCUGAAAAUGUUUCCCAAGAAAUACAGGAGAGGCUGGCCUUGAGAGGCUUGGCACACUGAUAGGUGGGUCUGGGGUGAUCGUGCUGGUGAACAGCAGUGACUGGCCUGUAUCCAACCGCAUCUGGAUAAAUCCAGUGGAAACCUCGAGAGGGUUUGCUGAUGGCUGCACGCCCCUAUGGGGAAAGAGCUGCAAUAGCGACCAAGGAAACCAGUUUAUGGGCCAUGAGACUCAGGAGCUGGCCUGUAAAAGAUGACAGACACUGGCAUUUCCACCAGCCCUACAGCCCUCCUCCCCUGCUGCCGGGCUAAGCGGAGGAUGGAUGGACUACUUACUUAGCCAGCAAGAGAGACAGGAAAUCUGCUUUCUGACAUGUGAACUAGGAGGCUAACUUGAGCCUUCCACAUUAUAACUGAAUAUGCCAGGAGCAAUGGACCCAGAGACUACGCCAUGGUAACCCCAAAGCAACUAGUCAGCACCAUCCAAGUCCGACUGUUUUUGUCCUGACCACAGGAUCUGCUCCCAGUGGAACACAGUAUACCACGGCCUGGGACUGGCAGAAUAUCAGCUUCCUGGUGCAGGACCAAGUGCUGGCGAAGCCCUCGGGCAGCUCCCAUCUCUGAAAAUCCAGCCUGCCACCACCCGAACAGCCAGGCAUCCACAGAGCACAGGAAGCUGGAAUCUGACCCCUGGCAGCGGGCCUGGUCUCCAUGGCAGCCGGGUGUUUAUUACCGGGGCCUCCACCCGGCUGGGCGGACUUUCGACUUGAAGCCGGGAAGAAGGGGAACAGGAAGGCAGUUCUGGGAGCAGUGAGCCCACGGGUGGCAGCUGGAGGCCCCGCGAUGGCCAAGUUUCUUUCCCAGGACCAAAUUAACGAGUACAAGGAAUGCUUCUCCCUGUAUGACAAGCAGCAGCGCGGGAAGAUUAAAGCCGCAGACCUGCUGAUGGUGAUGCGGUGCCUGGGGGCCAGCCCAACGCCUGGGGAGGUGCAGCGGCACCUGCGGACUCACAGGAUAGACAGAAAUGGAGAGCUGGAUUUCUUUACUUUCCUGACCAUCAUGCAUAUGCAGAUAAAACAAGAGGACCCAAAAAAGGAAAUUCUUUUGGCCAUGUUGAUGGCGGACAAGGAGAAGAAAGGCUACAUCAUGGCGUCUGAAUUGCGGUCAAAACUCAUGCAACUGGGGGAGAAGCUCACCCACAAAGAAGUGGAGGAUCUCUUCAGGGAAGCAGAUAUCGAACCGAAUGGCAAAGUGAAGUAUGACGAGUUCAUCCAGAAGCUCACCAUUCCUGUGCGGGACUACUGAGCGAGGAGGCGAGAGAGCCGCCCCUGGGCCUGAGCACUCAGACUGUGGGUUUUGGAAAAGAAAGUGUUUCUUACACUUGCGGGAGAUGGCAAACACAGCAAGAUGACAAACCUAAGCCCAGCAAGAGGACAAGGAAACAAAAUUAUUCCAGCCACGGUAUUAGCAUGUCUUUAAUAAAACUUUGUACUGUUUUAACAACUACCA